CGCACGCCGGUCAUUAGCUGACUCGCGGCGAGGCGCGCGCGCGUUCUCAACUGCGUACGCGUUUUCGCGCCACUCGCGGACUGCGUACGAUACGUCGAAUGAUGUGAUCGAGUGAAUAGUGACAAAAGGAUUAAAGUAUCUCAUUUGAAGACAUCGUAUGCGACAUUGAUCUGUUUUUAAGUGUUAAUAGUUAAUAAUAACAAUAGUUUAGUAGACACAUCUGAUAAUUAAUAGUGAUAUUGUUGUAUCGUGUCGCUAAUGUGACACAAAUACGGCGUGAAAUUAAUUUGGGCCAUAAGCCGAGAGCGAGCGCAUCUUGGCUCGCCGAAAUUCUGUUAUCAAUCGACGAGCGCGCCCAAGGUCGCCCGUUAUCAGUCUCCUCUGUGCGGAUCCGAUGGAUUUAUUCUGUGAUUGUGCGCAACGAUGCAAUUUUAUUUUUGAAUAUUACGAUUAGUGUUAUCUCGUGGAGCAUCAACGUUUAAUAAAUCUUCGUUCGAGCUUCUGUGCGCGUCGAUCCUGGCGGGCGUUGUGUUAACGAGUAUUUAUAAUAGUGUUUACAAUCUGGAAUAGUUUUUAGCGCAGUGCUAUGUGGAUCGCGACCUAGUUGCGCGUGAUUGAGGAUAAAACAAUAUAAAUAGCCCGUCAACGUGGGCCGGUGAGGUGGUGAGACUGGGGGAAGAGUGUGAUGGCAUGAUGAGGCACGAGGCCACAUCCGCGUGGAGCGCGCCCGGCGAGGUGUGGGAGUACGUCAAGCAGUUGGUCAACUCCUACCACGACCAACAUGAUUUUCAGUUCGCGUCGCCGGCGGCUGAGAGCGGCGCGUGCGGGAGUAGUACAUCCUCGUCUACGUCGUCGUCGUCAUCGUCAUCCUCGUCGUCCUCGUCGUCGUCGUCGGAUUCGGACUCGCCAGAUGUCGCCGCUGGCGUCUCCGUCGACGAUACGUCGCUCGUCGCGGCGUGUCCCUUACAGGUCAUCGACGACGCGGACCUCGCAGAACUAUUUCCGGAGCAGACGCCGAGCGCGCCGGCGCAACAGCCCAAUUUCACGACCUUCUCCGUGCAUAACGCGCCAGAAAACGACGACAAGUCCGUGGCGGACAACGGCGACGGGUCCAGCAGCGAAAUGGAGCUGACGCCCCAACUCGUGACGGCCGCUAUACAGAGAGCGACGGCCGAUUCCUCCGGAUCGGAAAACGAGUGCUCCAACUCCGACAUAGUGAACCAAAACGCGUCCCACUAUGCUUCCAGCCUUUUACAGGAGUUUGUGGCGCGAACACAGCUGCUAAGCAGCACCACGCCACUAAACUCUAUAAAUACACCCUCGUCGUCUUCCCUAUCGUGCAACAUAAACACGAACCCGAUAGAAGGCGUGGGCAUCAGUGAUUGCGUCCUCGGACAAAUAAACAGCCUCCCAGAAAUACAACCUAUAGCUACAAACUAUCUGAGCGGCUCCCAAAAUCUAAGUCCCCAGCAAACGGAGGAGUUUUCCCAAAUUAAUAAGGCUCUCGAGGAAAUCACUUCCGUCGCUGACUCCGUUGAGAUGUCCCUUCCCAAUCCGCCUGGUCUGGAUGACUGCGUGGAUAAUAACGACUUUAUGAACUUGGACAUAGCCUCGGGCGGUUCGGAGAUCGGAAGCGCGAGCGACCUUAUGAAAAGUUCUCCAAUUACAGUCGUCAAUAGUGAUGUGAACGCCCUAAAUAGAAUAGACUCUCAAAAAUUAGACGCUAGCAGUAUGAAUUCGAUAGAAUCUCAGGAGGACGUUAAGAAUGUCGUAGUCGAGUCUAGAAGAAAACGCGGGCGUCCCCGAAAAGUUAGGAAAACUGAAGAUAAUGAAUCUCAGAAAGAGGAUAAAUCUGUUGUUAAUGUUAUUAAUGAUUUCCAUAAUAAUAACGAUCCACCGAACGUAUCUCCGGACUCAGGAAUCUUAUCUAAUAACAAUUCACCCACCCAUUCGCCGAUGCGUAGACAUGAUGUCGCAGAAACUCAUAGAAGCCACAGUAAAAAAUCACAACAAAAAGAAAACACCACAGUAGAGAGAAAGAGCAUGCGUUCAAAAUCUCGAAGUCGGGCCCACCCCAGAUCGGAUUCUAGCGAAUGCGACUUCCAAAAAAAGAGAAUAGAAAAUGAAAUUAAACAAAUCAAAACGGAAGCACCGUCACCGGUUCCUCUAAAACAGGAACCCACAAAAUUUGAUAAGGCUAAGAAAAAUGAUCACAAGCUAGAUAUAGCCGCAUUAGAUAGGAUGUUGUACGCCACAGACAGAGUCUUAUAUCCUCCUCGGAAGAAGGUAGGUCGGAAGCCCCAAACUAAAUCUAGAACAACUAAAACUACAACCAAAACUCUAAAGGAUAAAAAUCAGUAUGACUCUGCUGAUAGCGACGAUGAUUCUUUACCAUCGAAUAGAUCUGUCCUUUCCGGAGUUUACGCUAAAAGGAAGGAGUUAAACAGUAAACUCUCUAAUUUGCCUAAAAGUAACAAAAGCAAGCCAGUGAGCAAUUCGUGGCGGGAACACCAAAGCGAGAACGAAGCGGCGGCUGACGAUCCAUUAGAUCCGACGUGGAAGGAGAUCGACCUAAACCCGAAGUAUAAGGACAUACUAUCAGGAUACAAAAGUGACUACGAGUUCAAACCAUACAAGAGUUGCAGUAAACUGAUAGAGUCCGGUUACAAAAGUGACUACGGCUGUAGAUCGGGUUACAAGAGUGAUUGCUACCGCUCGGGAUACAAAACGGACCACAGAUCGGGAUACAAAAGUGAUAAGUCGGGAUACAAAACCGAUUAUAGCACGAGAAGUACGAGAAGAAGAACAAGAAAGUUCAAGAAAACUCGGUCCGUCAGAAACAGAUCGUACUACAAAAAUCAAAAACAUUUCGUAUCUGAUCAGGAGAUUUUACUCUUGACGAAUAAAACAUUCAGUAGCCUAACAUUGGGCCACAGUUCCAGUGAUUCGGAAUGUGAAGCGUUUUUGAGGAAGCCAAGCGCGAGCCCUAAAUAUGUGAGCGUUUGCACGAAAUAUCCAUUCAUAUCAAGACACAAUUACGGCUUCACAAAAUCAAGCCAAAAGCAUAUUUUGAGGCUAAACUCGUCUGACCCAUUUGCACCUGGUCCAGUGUUUAGUGGCUUGCAAAGACCGAUCACUACUUGCAACAUUUUUAAACUUAGUCAUAACAAUAACAACACCCUACUAAAACCUCCGUCUAAAACUAGUCAUGUCAAUAGUUCACUACCCUCGUUGAAGCCAGCAUUUACUCAUAAAUUUGGAGCAUCACCUAUAUGUGGUAACAAUAAGACAGUACCUAAAAAAGAAAAAGAUGUUUUGCGCGAGCUGCCUCGGACCUCGUCUCCGAAAAGUCGCAAACAAGCAAAGACGUCGUCAACAUCCUCAAAAAAGGAAAAUGCCUUAAAAGCCUUGCCAAGUAUUUUUGAAAGGGCCAAAAACAGUUAUAUACCGAAUAAGUCGCUUUCGCGAAAUGUGUUUCUGAAUUUCAAGAAACCCAACAUUAAACCCACAUAUAACAUUAAAAAACAAAGAAGGACAGUGGUUCUAGCUCCGCCUAAAAUCAACUUUAAACCCACUGAACGACCUUCGAGAAUUACAAUAAAAACUGAAAGUAAACACCAUAGACACAGAAGCAAACGCCGACAUCGUUCUAGAUCGGUAUCGAGAUCCAGGGAUUCAUGUGCAAAUAGAAAUUCAGUAGAAUCAAUAGACCAAAAGUUUACACAAGACAUGGAUACGUUGAUUUCAAAUUUCAUAAAGCUAUGUCAGGUUGCCCCAAAAAUGAUCGCCUCUGCCUCACCGAGCCAUCAAAAAGUAAUUGAAAAAGAAAAACCCGCUGAACUGCCUCCCCCCAAAGUAAAUAAGAGAGCGUCUAAAAAACGGAAGACUUCAGACAAUCAAGAAAUAACGACACCCACGUCAAAGAGGAGGCAUAAAAAACAGUUAACCGAGUCCCAAAAUAAAGGAGGCAAGGACACAAAUGAACACAAGCUGCCGUUAAAGAAAAGGCACUAUCAUAUAAACUCAUCCACAAAUAAUUCUUUGAGCUUGAGUCUAGUCACCGCCGAAUUUGAUGAAAAUUCUAAAACUGAGGGUAGCCCAGAAAAGUUUUUGUGUACCGAAACCGAUUGCAUGGGUGACAUACAAACAAACGACAGUGAUGGAUCCUCCAAAACAAAACCAAAUGAGAAAAACAAAAAAAGCUCUGAGAAUUUGAAAACUAAUACAAGCGAUUCAAAAGAACAGCGUAUCGAGGGAUCUCCGAGAUCUUCUAAAGUGACUGGUUCAGAUUCAACCGCUUGUAAAGAUGAGAACGCUGCGACAUCACCCACGCACCAGUCUGCAAGUACUGAGGAGCUAACUAUUAAAAAACCUUCGGCCGAACAGUCCGAAUUGUCGAAGAAAAUUUAUGAGACAUCUGAAAAACUGAAGGCUGUUCAUAAAAUGGUUAAUGAUUUGGAGAAAUCACUGCCGAAAUCCAAAGAUAGCGAUUCCAAGGUUGAGUCGUUGAAAUCAGAGACACAUAAAACAUCCUCCCCCAGGUCGGAAAGAAAAGCUUCACCUGUGCGAAAUUCGGCGCCAAUAGUAACACCGAAAAAGCGUCACAGGCUCGAAGCCGAUAAAGUGAUCGCCAACUCCAGUUUAGAUCAAGUCGUCCAAUCACUUUCUAAAAAGCUGUCAGAGGAUAAAACUUCAAGCAGCAGCUCUGCUAAGGAUACCUCAUCGAAAGAUGAAUCGACUGAAUCAGAAAAAACACCCCAGACACCAAGCAGUGUAUCUUCAUCGAACAACACAACUGCGGAUCCUCUCAAGACUAUGUCAGCUCGAUCACUGUACAAAAGUUCAAUACUACCAGCUCAAAAAUCUGAAAUUAUGACCAGAAAGAAGAACAGAUUGGAAGGUCUCACUAGUAACCUAGUAUCAAAAAUAAAUCCGAGUGCAGCAACAAAAGUAUUGGAUACCCUCUUGAAUAACAAUAUUCGGAAGUCAAUAGAAUCAAGAAUUCUGGAAAAAGAAAAGAGUGGUAGUGACAGCUGUAGCUCUAGUAAGAGUGAUGAUAAAGGAAGAGAUUCGCCUCAAGUCAGCACUAGAGCGAGUGUCAUCAAAUCACCCGUGUCAAAAGGUAAAGUUAUCGAAUCAAAGAAACAGAAGUCGGAGGAUCAAGGAAAUAACGACCUAAUCAAUUUAGAAAAGCCGACUGGGAUUUUUGAGCCCUCGGUUGACCUAGAGGACCAAAUUCCUAAGUCUUCGAUUUGCGUAAAUAACCUUUUGAUGGACUCGAAUAAGGAUAAAAAUAAGAUUUUGGAUGUGGAGUCGGAAAUUCCUCUGUCGCUGAUAUCCGAAAUUGCAGAACCCAUCGUAAGGCAAAAAAGGAGCGAGUCGAUUGCGGCCGUUAUAUCCGAUAAAAUUCAAGAAACUACCGGCGGACACAAUCUGCGCCAGCCAAAACGAAACUUAAACAGCGAUAACGACGAGACAAAUGACAAGAAAAAGAAGAAAACGGGCAAUAGUAUUAUAAGAGAGAGUAAAUUGGUAUUACCACCUAAAAUCUUAGUGCCUAAGGUCCAGACUGAGAGGCUGUCGAUGGCAGAGCUAAAUAAAAAAUGCAACCUCAACAAACCUGUCGAAAAAAGUGAUACAAAUGAAAAUAAGAAUGUAGAUUCGAGCAAAAAGAAACCUAGGCGGCGCAAAGCCAUCAACAGAACUGGAUUCCCGAACAUUAAAAAGAAAAAGAAGAAAGUGGAGCCGAAUCAGAGUGCCGUUUCAGAUAACCAGCUCACAUCUGAAGAUACAGACCACUCCGUUUUUGAAAGAGUUCCGAAAGAUGGUGAGGCGAUGAGUAGCUUCUUAGAAAGAACAACCAGCAAAAAAGCGGAACUUAAAGUUAUUUUAAAUAAGGACGAAAUGCCUAAACAAGGACGAUUGACUGUCGUGUCGCUAGAAAAAUUACAAGGCAAGGACGUGUUAAAAGAUAACAAUAACAAAACGACUCCAUCUGAUAAGAGCACCGAAAAGAAAUCAAAUUCCUCGAUAUUAAGAGCUCCAUCUUUGCAAUUAAAACAGACAAAACCAGACAAAGAACUGAAGAAUCACGUCAACAAAUGGGAGGUUUUAAGUGAAACCGACAGUAUUCCUUCUUUGACGAGCUCGUUAGGCAACGAUCCAGAAGAUAGUAUUCCUUUGAGUCUGCUACAUCUGAAAGCUUCGAAGCCUGCGUGUCGUUUAGAUAAUAAUCUAGAUCGGCUCAAGCGAAAGACGCGAGCGUUGUCACCCUCGAAUGAAAUAGAGGAGAUAUUAUCCAAGAGAAAGAACGUAGAGAAGAACAACAAAGUGGGAUUGAGACCUAAGUCGAGUUUGGCGAUAUUGUACCCGAGAGAACGGAGGAUGACGAGGAGUUCCGAAGAUUGCAAGACGAAGGGACGGAAGACGGAGACCAAAAAACUCGUGUCCGAAGUCGAGGAGGAAAAAAUCGCUAAACCUUUAGGUAUAACGACCAGAAGAAAGUCCAGGUCGUGUCAAGCGCACAAAAAAGCACAUGAGGCUCAGUCCAGCUCUCGAGAGAGUUCUCUAGACACGGUCACCAGUCAGAGGCUUAUACCUAAAUCUCGAGAACCCUCGCUAGACACUUUGCAGGAUAACGACGAAAAUGAGCCGCUUCCUUUGCACGAGAAAGAGAUAGAUUUCGAGAAGAGCAUCGACGUACUAUCCAAAAGCAUCAUCUGUAAGAAACGCGUCGCGUCCUCUCGUGAUGAGAGUCCAGCCAGCAGCGUCGACAACCGGGACAAACCUACCGUGUCCAAGAAGAAUCCCCGGCUCAGAAAAAAGUUCCUAGUAGCUGGACUAUUCUCAGACUACUACAAGGAAGAUCCAAAACCCGAGAACAAGAGCAAGGCAGUUGCUACGGAUUUCGGUCCGGGCUUGCUGGCCCCGCCCCCCUACUGCGAGCGAUGGGUGCGGCGCCGCGCGCAAGACUUCGCCCUGCCUUACGACAUCUGGUGGCAGCAACACUAUAAUCAGCCGGUACCGUCGUGGAACUAUAAGAAGAUUAGGACAAAUGUGUACUACGAUGUGAAACCAUCAGCGGAGGAGUGCGAGUCUGUGGCGUGCAACUGUGCAGCGGCGAGCGCGUGCGCCGAGGACUGCAUCAACCGCCUCGUGUACUCCGAGUGCAGCCCGCAGCUCUGCCCCGCCGGGGACAAAUGCAAGAAUCAACGCAUACAACGUCACGAAUGGGCAUCCGGGCUGGAGAAAUUCAUGACUGAAAACAAGGGGUGGGGCGUGCGGACCAAACACAAGAUCACAUCCGGUGACUUCAUACUGGAGUAUGUUGGGGAGGUCGUGUCCGAUAAGGAGUUUAAGGAGCGCAUGGCGACGCGUUACGCCCGCGACACUCACCAUUACUGCUUACACCUGGACGGCGGGCUCGUGAUCGACGGACACCGCAUGGGCGGCGACGGCCGCUUCGUCAACCACUCCUGUCGACCCAACUGCGAGAUGCAGAAGUGGACUGCUAAUGGCACUUUCCGCAUGGCGCUGUUCGCUCUGCGCGACAUAGAGCCGGGCGAGGAGUUGACUUACGAUUACAACUUCUCCCUGUUCAAUCCCGCUGUAGGACAGCCAUGCAAGUGCGAUUCCGAGGACUGCCGCGGCGUCAUCGGUGGAAAAUCGCAGCGUAUCACCAAGCUGCCCGUUAAAACGCAGUCUCGGACGCCGUCCAACACGUCCAAUCAGUCCGCCGGUUCCAACGGGCACUCUCGAGUCGGCCGGCCGAGGAAAGCGGUGAAAUGCAACAAGAAGCUCGAACCGGUCAUAGCUUGCGAUCUCAAGAGCAUAUCGAUUCUGAAGUACCAACAACACCUGAACAAGUUGUGGCAGGAGCCGCAAGUGAAGGCGCUCACGCCGAAAGAGAAGACGAUAGUCAAGGAGCGGCAAUGCUUCUUGUUGAGGAAUCUGGAGCAUGUGCGUCGCAUAAGAGAGAAGAUGACGAUACCUCUCUCACCGCCGGCUCCCCGGUUACCGUCACCAUCGCCGUCGCCGUCGCCGUCCCCCGCACCGGCACCGGCACCAAAUCCGGCCGUGGUCACCGUCGACCCGCUAGUGUUACCGGACACUAUGAAGCCGGAGGUGUUCCUGAACAGACUGCGAUCUAUAAGAACGGAGAGAGAAGAGACCGCGCGGAAACUGUUGAAGGGCGAAGAUGAUGCGACUAUGGAUACUAAAAGCAGAUUGGCGAGAGUGUUCCGAGCGUUGUACGAGUCUGUGGCUACUGUUAAAGACGAAGACGACCAACUCGUCUGUACUCCUCUCCUCAAGUUGAAACCCAAGACUGAGAACGCACAGAGCCUGUCGUCCAUUUUGAGCAACAUCGACAACGGCGCUUAUGAAACAGUGGCUCAGUUUGACAGCGACAUGAGUGGAGUAUUUUCGAGUAUUAUUCGCGAGCACAGCAAGACGUCGAGCUUGGGUGCCGCCGCUGCGCUACUGAAGAAGGUGUACAACAACACAAAACCAGAUUUUGCGGAACACUUAAGUAAGAUACUGGGUUCACCGGAGUCCUUACCACCUGGAUUUAUGCAAAAAUCUAAGUCGGACGAGGUGAUAAUGUGCGUGUGCGGUCUGCACGUGGAGGAGGGUCUGAUGGUGCAGUGCGGAGGCGCGGGCUGCGGCGUGUGGCAGCACGCGCGGUGCAUGCGCCACUCCGGCGACCCGGCCGCCGCGCAUCACUGUCACAACUGUGAGCCCGCUGAGGUGGACCGGGAGAUACCUCUAGACGAGUACACGGAAGAGGGUCACCAGUUCUAUCUCUCUCUUAUGCGGGGCUCGCUGCAAGUGCGUCAGGGUGACACGGUGUACGUCCUCCGUGAUAUACCGAUAGACGAGCGACGACCUGACCUCAGUGCUAACACACAGACGAGCAGGACUAAGCGGACAGAUAGGAAGAAGCUUAAGACGAAGGGGAAAGAGGAGACUUCGACGACCAAGGAUGGAGCCGUCCGCAAGCACACGUAUCAGACGAUCGGCGCGGUACCGGUGUCGGAGCUCGACAUAUUCCGCGUGGAGCGACUAUGGAAGCACCGCGAGACGCAGGAGCGCUACGUGUACGGACACCACUACCUGCGACCGCACGAGACAUUCCACGAGCCCACUAGGAAAUUCUUCCACAACGAGGUGAUGCGAGUGCCGCUGUACGAGGCGGUGCCGAUCGAGCUGGUGAUGUCGCAGUGCUGGGUCAUGGACCUCAAUACAUUCUGCAAGGGUCGUCCUUUGGGCUCGUCCGAGGCACACGUGUACAUCUGCGAGCUGCGCGUGGACCGCUCGGCGCGGCUGUUCACGCGCGUCUCCCGCCCCAAGUACCCCAUCUGCACGAAACCCUACGCCUUCGACACGUUCCCGCAGCGGCUCAAGGUCACCAGGACUUACGCGCCGCAUGAGGUGUUACCGGAGUACCUCAAAGGCAGAGCCGCUAAGAACGCCGCGCCCGCUGACAAGAACAAGACCACACAGGAGACCAAGAAGAAACAGACUCAAGCUGUCGCCGCCCCUGUAAGUAACAAGCUAACCGGCGCAGCGCGACGCGAGCAGCAAAAGGAGCGCGUGAACGGCAUCGCGCGACGGCUGCUCGCUCGCAGCGGGGGGCGGGCGCUCGACGCCUCCUACCUGCUCGCCCCGCCCGACCGCCGCCGCCGCCGCGCCCCGCCCUCCUGACGUGCCUGCCUCGCCUGCCCGCACGCCUGCGCCGGACACUAGUGCGGUGUGUGCGCAACACAGUGAUGACGUCACUGUAGCGAAUACCAGCACUAACAGGACAAUCAGUUUUGCGAAAACUAACAUCACAGUUUUUAUAGUGCCCUGGUGUGUAUGUGCACAUAAAUAUUUAACUGGUGAUGUAAUAACGUCACUGUUGCGGGCGCGGUUUCGCUAAAACCGAACAGUCGUUUUUAAAGGUGCCCAAGUGUGUACGCAAUACACAAGACUACUCAAACGGUGCGACCUUAACAGAUGUGACUGCAGGUGCAACUCCUACGCUCAUAAACUGAGUGGAUCCACUCUAUACCGAUGUGCUUAUUGUAAAAUAUUCGUCUAAUUGUUGUCUAAGUGUGGUAAGGUCUAGUACUGUACAAGUAAUUCCAAAUUUGCACGAGACUGUUUAGUCUGUUUUUUCUGUGUAAUACAUCAUAAUCAUUCAUAUUAAGACACCUUAAAUGCAACUUGUAUGUAGAAAAUAGUGCUAAUAGUGCUGGUACACUUAGUUUUCUGUCAGUCAUUCUGUAAAAUCAAUUAUUCACAUAGACGAUGAUAAAUAAUAACAUUUUAAAACUUUAAUAUGAUAGCUGGCUUAUGAUUUUAAUGUUGCUAGAAUUGGUAUCUCCGCCUUAUUUAUUGUACUGAUUCUAUAAAAAAUCUGCUUAUUUAUAAGUGUUGUAAAUAUUUCGUUAUAAGAUAGAUACAUAAUAUUAUUUAUCGUCUAUUGAUAAAAUGCUAAUUAAUAAAAUGACACAGCAAACGUAAUUCUCAUAAUUAAAGUUUAUUCAAUUUGCAGUAUGGUUUUGGUACACGCACGAAGUCUGCGUGCGAGUUAGAAAAGAAACUGGGGAUUAGAGUGUUAAUGCAAAUCGAAUAUUUUAUUUACGAGAAAUACUCCUUUGUUACAAAUUCGUGUAACUCUCUUCUCUCUUAAAGAUCUUUUUCAUUAUAUGAGGGUUAGUGUAGGUUUGCAAAUAAACGUACCUAUGUAUGAAAUAGUAUUAUUCAGGAAUCGCUUACGUAUUGUAUUAGAAAGUUGAUUAAUAUUUUUAUCAUACUUGUAACUAAACAGCAGAGAUAGUAUUAUUACAUUAUAUCAGUUAACGAUAUCAUUUGUAUUAAAGUAAGAUUUUUGACUUCUUUAGUUUGUAGGACUACUUUAAAUGCUUUUUAAGUGUAAGAUAGUUUUUAAGUGCUACGUUUAAGAAGUAAUACAUUCCCUGGCGUAUGGAGAUGUAAGACAAUAACUGGCCUCGGAGCCGAGCGCAGAUCGUAUGAAUCUCCAACUGUAUAUAUGAUAGCGUCAUUGUUACUAAUAUAUUUUUGGAUGUUAAGGUUAAUCGCGUAAUUUUAAAAUAUCAAGUGUUUUAACGUUAGUUCGGUACAAUGACUAAGUUAUUUAUUGAAGUAGCAUAAUUCAUCGCCCCGCUAAAAUCUUUUUGUUUACGCUCCGGCAAUCUCAAGAGUAUAGUUGUAGGUGUCUCCGUUGUAAGGCCGCCCGUAAGCGGCGAUAUAUUUUCUAGUUAUAAAUAUAUUUUUAUAGGCUAUUAUUGUUAUUUAUUAUUGUGCUGAAAGGCAUUAGGGUAAUGAAAUUAAUUUGGAGGCUGAUUUUUUAGAUGUAUUGAUUUUUAUCUGUAGCGACACUAUGUUUUACGUUUAUUUUGAUUUUUAAAUAAUUUUCCGUUUAUACACAAUAUUAUGAAUUUUUUCGGCCAUUUUUAAUUCCCUGUGCGAGUGUAAAUAUUAAUAUGUCUAAAAAAUCAAUCUAACGACCAGUGGUGCGAAUGUUGAGCGUUGAAAGUUUUUAUAAUGGUUAGUAGCGGAGAUGUUUGAGGUUUGUUAAUAUAGUGUUUGUAUUACUUAUUAGAUUUAAAUUACCUUCCAGUAGGGUAGAUUUAAAUAUUACUUUAAAAUUCUGGUCAUUUAUACCCGAGAGUGACUGCACUCCGUCAUGCCUUACACAUACUAAAAUCUCUCUAUUUUUUUUACACAUUUAGUUUGAUAAGUUGUAUAUAGGAUGUGGUCGAGCGAUUUUAUUUGUACACGAAUGAAAUACUUGUGUGUUCGUUUGCCCCUCUUCGUUGCUUCGCUGAUGUGAUUCUACUGAACAAAUUGUUUUUGUUUCUUAUUUAUUUGUAAAUUACCGUUAGCUCUUUUGAUAUUUUGGUAGUGAUUUGUAAGUUUGUCGAUCGUGGUUCGGUAUUAUUUAAGCUUUCCGGAGUGAUAUGUUGAUCCCAAUACCUAGUACAAAACUCCACCGAUUUUUCCUCUCAUGUCUAUGCUUGUAAACGAGUACAUAAUAUAGUAGACAUCCUAGACAAUUCAUAGAUAAUAUUGUUUGUUACUGUAAAGUAUUAUACAGAUAUAGUAGGAUACACUAAAUCAUUUUGUAUGCACAAAGAGCACCGCGAGCCUAAUAAACACAUAAUAUACAAAUUCCAACGUACUUAAACAUUUCUAGAUGUCAAUAGUUAUAGUUAUAGAUACAGAUUUGCUUUUCUAGUGUGGUAACUGUUAGUGUUUCUGCCCGGAUGCUAAAUCAAGUUUUGGGAUCAAAAUUUUCUUAACAUAUUUGGUAAAAUAUAAAAAAAUUCGUCAUGUCCACUUGAACAUUAUUAUAUAAAUAUCUUCGAUGUAUGAACAAUAGCAGUAACAAAACGCAUUUAAUAUUGUCUAAGGUCUCGUUCACAUGACUCUUAGCUUAUCUGCACUAAUGUGAACGGAGCCUAUCCAAUAAUAUUCAAGUGGGCACGUAGUAUGGUUUAACGCAUCUGUUAUAAUAUCGCGCAGCUUUACAAUUUGUAUGUAGGAUUUUGUUUAACAUGCCAUUUGUUGUAAACUCAUGUUUUAAUAUUAAAUUACAAUCAAAAUC